GCAGGACUGCUGGGAAUUCUCUAGUCUCACCUCAUUUACACACGUCUGAGCAGAUAGCACCGAGUCAUAUUACGCUCUCGCAGUGAGCGAAGGGUAUGCAGCUCGCUGUGCCAUAUACAGCGCCAACUCGCUCGCUCUCUCUCUCUUUCUCUCUCUCUCUCUCUCUUUACUAAAUACACACACAGUCCCUCUCGCCUGCCUUCUCUCUCUCUCUCUCACACACACACACUCAGGAGUCAGCCGCUCGUCUCACGUCUCCACGCGUGUCUCUCUGCAUGGCCGGCUGAUCGCACAAGUCGCUCCUGCUUUACGAGAGCCAGAUCCCUCCAGGCUGAUUCGCAUCGAGACAGAUCCGUGCUUUGUGACGGAGAGGGAGAACCUACGAUUUGUAUUAUUUUUUUUUUCUCCGCCUGUCUCUCCACAUCAAUGAUGGACUGACCUAGUUUUGUAUUUUCCCCUGCUGCUGUGGGUUGUUAUUUUUUUUGGCACUGGGGUUCAGAGGUGUUGAAAGCUGCAUCUGGUGACAGCCUCUGUCUCUCUUUCUAUCCGUGUUUCAUCUCUGCCUCUCUUGUCCACUUGUCCUCCUUCGUCCACUUCACCCUGCUCGUCUAAAGCUUCGCUCCUGGAACUUAUCCUCAGCUCUACCAGCAUCCGAGUGCUCCGGCUACCUCUACUUUCACUCCACACAUCAUGCUCCUAGGAAGUUCAUGCCAUAGUAACACACUCCCGGCUCUUGUGCGUACAUCUCCUCUGAUGAUGCAGUCAACGCUGGACAUGAAACCGUUUAUGUCUUUCCCCGUAGAUGGAUCAUCGCCCGUCGGUCUCUUCGCCAAUUUCAGCACGAUGGAUCCCGUACAGAAAGCCGUAAUCAACCACACAUUUGGGGUCUCCAUCCCUCCGAAGAAGAAGCAAGUGAUCACGUGCAACAUCUGCCAGCUCCGCUUUAACUCAGACAGCCAAGCUGAGGCACACUACAGAGGGAGCAAACAUGCCAAGAAGCUCAAAGCACAAGAGUCCACAAAAACUAAGCAGAAAGGCGGAACUGGCUCGGACAACUGCACCAAGCCCAUCAGCACUGGACCUGCCUCUGCCCCUGCCUCCGUCCCCGUCCCUCCCCCUAUCUCCUCUGCUAUGGUCACUGACAGCACCUUGGACCAAUCAGCAGAGAAAGGUGCAGAACCGCCCAGCGCUCCGAAAGCCCCCGCCUCUCCGUGUUUCUUGGUGCCUGCCUCUCCGUUAGUAUCUGGCACCUGUAAGCCGAGUCCCACGCCCUCGAGCUCGCCGGCAGAGCAUAAAGCCAGCCCCAAACCGAGCCAGGCUGAACCCAGUGCAGAAUCCGAGGAGGAAAAAGCCAAGAAACUGCUCUACUGCUCGCUGUGUAAAGUGGCUGUCAACUCCCUGUCGCAGCUGGAGGCUCAUAACACAGGUUCAAAGCACAAAACCAUGCUGGAGGCGAGGAACGGAGCCGGCCCCAUUAAAGCCUACCCUAGACCUGGUUCCAAACUCAAAAUGCAGGCCAACAUUCUGAAGGGUUCGGGAUUACAGAACAAGACGUUUCACUGCGAGAUCUGCAACGUCCACGUCAAUUCAGAAAUCCAGCUCAAGCAGCAUAUCUCCAGCAGAAGGCACAAAGACCGGGUGGCAGGCAAACCUCUGAAGCCCAAAUACAGUCCAUACAACAAGCAGCAGCGCAGCUCCAGCUCCCUGGCAGCUAAGCUGGCUCUUCAGAAGGACCUUGUGAAACCCAUCUCUCCUGCCUUCAUCUCCACUCCGUUCUCCUCCACCACAAUUCCAUCCAUCUCGCUCCACCCGCGCCCCAACACCUCGAUCUUUCAGACGCCGGCGCUGCCAGCCUCCUUCCUACGAGGGGCACCGGGGCCCAUUCGGCCCUCCAGCAGCUCCAUCCUCUUUACUCCAUACUGAGUAAUGCUUAGCGGCGAGAAGACAAUUCUCUCCAACCUCCGACCUUUGACUUCUCAGGCCUGGAAUACUCAAAGAGAUGUCACAGCCUGAGGAAGGAAGUUUUGUUAACAAAAACAGGAAACAUUAUGAUGGUCCAAGUCCUCAUGUGCUACUGGAGGUAGAGUGUUUUUUUGGAUUCUUGUAGAAGGGAAAUAAAAAAUCCUCUUCCUCUCAAUGGUCCAAGUUUUCAUGGGGUGCUCGGGGUGUGUCCGGAUUCUCGCAGAAGAAAUAACUAAAAAUAACAACAAAAAAAACUGCUUCCUGAUUGACUUGAAUGAUCGUGGUCUUCCUCUUCAAUGGAACAGACACUUCUGGAAACACAUGGAAAAAAAAAGUCUAACAAUCACGAACCUACAACAAUCAGAUGCUACGUGUUGCGUUCAGUGGCUCGAUGUGGUCAGGGAAUGUGUGCUGUCUCGUAUCGUGUAGUCGAUGAUGCUAUGAUUCUUCAUCAUCACUGCUGGACUUUGUCCUUCUUCCAUGUUACGUCUUUUUUUUUUGUUUUGUCUUUUUUUUGUUGUCUUUUUAAAUCUGAUGUUGUUGUGUAGUUUCUUUAUUCAGCCUCUGAUAAAAAAUUUCAUUUGUAACUCAUCGGGUUAUAAUUAUCUCCUUCACAGGUUUUACACUAAAAAUCCCAUUUUCACUGAAAUGAACACUUUGGAAUUCUCCUGAUCACAGACACUCAUUUACGCUAGAGUUAUCACGGAGUCCCCAUUUUAAUUUCCAUUCCAACAAUUAUUAAAAAGUCAUUUUAAAUUAUUUAGACUUUCUUUUAUUAAGAAAGAACCACAUGAUUUCCAUCUCUUAUUCACUCGCUUCUUACACACACACACAGUGAGUCACACUAUUAAAUCAGAGCUGAUGAUUUCUGGCUUCAUUUUCAUUUUUAUUUUGAAACCCCUUACAGAACAAUCAUGUCCAUGCACCGUAUUUUCCAGACAAUAAGCUGUUCCACGUUAUAAGACAUAGCCCAGUAAAUGCUCUCUGCUUACAGCUGCUUUAUGAUUUAUUUUGUAGUUAGAAUUAGAGUUUAUCCUACACCUCCCAGAUUGGGGGUUCGAUUCCAUCUCUUCCCAAACUCCACGUUCUCCCUGUGCUCUUUCCCCAGUCUAAAGAUAGGUUGAUUGGCAUCUCUAAAUUGUCUGUAGUGUAUAAAUGUGUGUGUGUGUGAUUGUGCUCCUUGUCAGGGGUGUUCCCCACCACCUUGUGCUCUGAGUCUUCUGGGAUAGGCGUCAGGCUACCCAUGACCCCCCAUGACCCUUUCAAUUUGUAAUACAAUUACAGCAAAACAAAUACGGUAGUACAGCUACAAAUAUGGUUGUACAGCUACAAAUACGUUAGUACAGCUACAAAUACAGUAGUAUAGCUACAAAUAUGGCAAAAGAACUAGAAAUACAGUAGUACAGCUACAGAUAUGGCACAACA